AUGUCCGAACGAGGGCCGUCAGCACUCGAUCGACACCCCACAAGAAGCGAGAUCAUCGAGCAAGCAGUAGCCGAAGGCCACGAUGCAGAUAUCCCAACCAACCUUGGCUCAAUACACCAAGUCCCAACUCACCUUUCCGACAACGCAACCCGGAAACACACGGCCAAAGACGAAUACGAAACAGGCGAGAAAGAUGUCGAAAAGGGCACCACCAAUUCAAUAUCCAGCGACGACGACACAAAAGCAGACGAUGACCACGACCCCAACAUUGUCGAUUUCGACGGCCCAGAUGACCCAGAGAACCCGAUGAACUGGACAGCCUUCAAGAAGUGGGGCACGAUAUCUCUCGUCGCUGCAAUCACCUUCCUCACACCCCUCGCGAGCUCGCAGUUUGCACCCGGUGUACCCGACGUCAUGCGCGAGUUCCACUCGACUAGCAGCCUGCUCGCAAGCUUCAUGGUGUCAGUGUACGUGCUUGGCUACGCAAGUGGGCCCAUGAUUAUCGCGCCACUAUCUGAAAUGUACGGGCGAUUGCCACUAUAUCACAUUUGCAACUUCUUAUUUAUCAUUUUCACGAUUGCGGCGGCUGUAGCGACAAACAUGACGCAGUUUAUUGUGUUUCGUUUCUUCAUGGGCUGUUUUGGGGGGGCACCCAUGGUGCUUGGGGGUGGCACGAUUGCGGAUUUAAUUCCGAGAGAGCAGAGGGGCACAGCCAUGUCGGUGUGGAUUAUGGGGCCUACCAUUGGACCUUGCGUCGGUCCUGUGAUCGGUGGCUUUCUUACAGUUGCAAAAGGGUGGAGAUGGAACUUUUGGUUUGUGGCUAUACUGGGUGCCGCGUUCUUCAUUAUGUCACUUAUCCUCAUGUCAGAAACGUCCGCCGUCACCAUCCUCCAGCGCAAAGUCAACCGUCUCAAAGCCUCAACCGGCAACUCUAAACUGCGCUCCAAACUCGACACAGGGCUUACUACCCAACAGCUCUUCCGAUACUCGAUUGUCCGCCCGGCUAAAAUGCUAUUUUGUUCGACAAUUUGCUUUUCUAUUUCCCUUUACAUCGCCAUCACAUACUCCUACCUCUACAUCCUCUUCACCACCUUCUCAAGUGUCUUUGGGGGGCAAUACGGAUGGAAGGGUGGGAUAAGUGGUCUGUCGUUCCUAGGUCUCGGUAUCGGCUCAGUCAUUGGACAAUUGGUAUAUAUUCACUAUGGCAACAAGAUCGUCGACAAGCACAUCAAACGCGGCGACUUUUGCCCUGAGCAUCGCCUAUACAUGAUGUGUAUUGGCGGCAUCAUUCUCCCCUUUGGCCUGUUCAUUUACGGCUGGAGCGCCCAGUAUAAGACGCACUUUAUGGUCCCCGAAGUUGCAACAGGCUUGAUUGGAUUUGGCCUUUUAAUGUCCUUCAUGCCCGCGACCACGUACCUGGUUGAUGUGUUUACGGUGCAUGCGGCGAGUGCCAUGGCAGCAAGCACUGUACUGAGGAGUCUGGCUGCAGCGUUCAUUCCACUAAGCAGUCGGACAAUGUACGAGAAGAUGGGGUAUGGAUGGGGAAAUAGCAUGUUGGGGUUCAUAUCAUUGGUAAUGGUGCCGAUGCCCUUUUUUUUCAUCAAGUUUGGGGAGAGGAUUCGGGCGAGAAGUGUAGUCAAGUUGUAA